AUGCUUUCAAAGAUCUUGAUUAUUGCAUUCGCGCAGUCAGCAUACUUUGCAGCUGCGGCACCAGCUGCCAACCUUCCUACAAACUUCGAUCCCGAACAAUUCAGUAUCCAGCCAGACAAUGGCGGUGGACCUCAAGACGAUUGUGGUAAUGGCCCUAUUACGCUUGAUGUCAACACAUGGAACAGUCAUAAUAUGGAUGCCCUCGUUCAACAGUUCUGGGACUCGGGUAUCAGCAACAGCAACUUCGACUUCCAUCAGGCCUUCGCAUCCAACUACACGGAUGAUUUAAGCUGUCCAGACAGCUUCAAUAACUGCGUCGGUGACCCCUCAGCAUGUAACGCUUUGUCUGGUUCGAGCUACGCCAAGGAGCAAGGAUGGCUUGGUAUUAAAUCUAUUCUCAACGUCCAAGCUUUCUUCUUGCAGAUCGAGAAGGUUGUUUCGAACGCUGCAGAUGGCAUCACUGGAGCCCUUUUUGAUUUUCAGACUAAAUUCAAUCCUCCAGAUCCACCAAAGAGUUUAUCAUGGGUAAGGACAGCUCUCUCGGUCACUGCAUCCGUGAUUGGGGUCGGUCUUUCAUCUAUCUCUGCCAUUGCCGAUAGCAACCUGAGUGCUGUGGCCGCAGCAGCUUAUGCGGCAGCAGCUAGCAAUUCUGUGACCCUUGUCAACAACGAGGCAAUUACCGACGGUACUAUCAAUGCUUCAGAUAUCACCCAGGUCUCUGACCAAUGGAACAACUACAAGACGGCUCUGCUCUCCCAGAUUGAUAAUGCCCACAGCGCUACAUUUUCCAAUGGACAAUACAACGGGCACGCUGGCGCUCGGAUAAUCGACUAUAUGUCCGGCGGUGACUUCGCUGGCUCUUCUCUCGUCUCGGCCUACGAAAGCGGCGAAGGAAACGUGCAGACUCUCAUCGAAAGCCUGAUGGCCAGCAAGCUUCUUGAGGCAACCUGGAUCGCGCAAGGAGCAUUCAUCAUCUUCAUUCCCAACGUGACGAACGUUUGCUCGAAGUGGAAGACGAACGCAGGUGACAAUGGGGAGAGGAGACUGUGUGCGCCCGAAGGCAUGUAUCUUUUGAACAGAUACGACGCUACCAGUGGCGUCGGGAUAGCAACUGGAAUGGACCCUGCUACUGUGGCAUCAUGGGCCGGCUACAACAUUGAUAUCCAUGACCUCAUCCAGAGCAGUGCGUCAAUCUACCAGAAUCAUGGCCUCGGUGCUAGUGCAAAUAUGUACGACUUUGUCGACUUUAUCAAAAGUUAUCAAAGCGACCCAGGGGCCGUCUUUCAGCAACAGGGCAUGUUCACGGUACCUGUAUGUCAGCUUCAGUCUUACGAUUGGAAACAGUCGGAUAAUAUGGGUCUUACAACGCCGCCGUGUGAUUGCUUGACCGCGACUGACAAAUGGGGCAAUAAAUUCAUGGAUGCGACAUCAACGGAUAUUCAGAAUUGGAUCAACUCGAAGUGUCCCUGA